UAAGAAACGAGAAGGGUAUGCUACAUUUUAUACGCGACGUCGGCGACUAUAGAGAGCACCUCGCUCGGGACCGGUGUGUUUUAGUGAUGUAUCUUAAAAUAUACACGAGAAGGCGUACAGUCCACCUCAUUUAACUAAAAGAUGCGUCCUCGUUCAUUUUACGGUUACCUGCAACGUGUACGAGUCUCUCCACGCUGCGGCUCGGAUGAUAACGAUAGGAGGGACUGAACUGUAAAAGCAGCCGAGGGUCUCUUCUGCCAUAUCCCGGGCUCCUUCAUGUCUGUGGCUGACGUAAAAACACGGAAUAAAAAGGACCGAGACGAUUCAUAUUUUCAUCAAAAAACCAAUUCCACGUUCAAACUACUUCUGUCUUCUGUCUUGCCCGUCCCUGACAGGCUGGAUGAAAUGAGAUCCCCAUGUAGCGAAUACUAUGGAAACCUGUGACUCCCCUUCUCUCUCAAGGCAGGAAAAUGGGCAGCAUAUAUCAAAACUACAUGAGACGACACAUCUUCAUAAUGAGGUGCCAGAGAAAGUCCCUGGGAUGGAGCCUUACAAGGAAAACAGCCCAACGGACGACAACCUGAGGACGGAGGAGAGCCGGCGAGAGAUUACAUUGGGACUGAGCACAGAGAAUGCAGUAGGCGCUGCCACUAAAGAAAUCCCCUGCAACGAAUGUGCCACUUCCUUCUCAAGUUUACAAAAAUACAUGGAGCACCACUGCCCGAACGCUCGCCUUCCUCUUCUGAAGGAUGAGAACGAGAGUGAGGUCAGCGACCUCGAGGACAGCGAUGUCGAGAACCUGACAGGAGAGAUAGUUUACCAGCCUGAUGGCUCAGCUUUUAUUCUUGAGGACUCCAAAGAAGGUGGUCAGAAUGCCCAGUCGGAGGUCAAAAGCCUCUUUUCCCCAGCUCUGUUUUCAAACUCCCAAACUGCUGCUGGGGACAAGACUGAGCAGCCUGCCACAGUCCCCAUGUCCUUUUGUCCACAAGUGAUCAAUACCUUUCACAUUGCUUCAUCCCUCGGGAAACCAUUUACAGCCGAUCAGGCUUUCCCAAAUACCUCAGCAUUAGCAGGAGAUGGUCCUGUGUUGCACAGUUUCCGUGUCUACGAUCUCCGACACAAGAGUGAUAAAGACUAUCUUACCAUUGAUGGCUCAGCCAAAAACUCAUGUGUGUCCAAAGAUGUUCCAAACAAUGUGGACUUGUCUAAAUUUGAUGGGUGCAUUAGUGAUGGGAAAAGAAAACCUAUUCUGAUGUGUUUCUUGUGCAAGUUGUCUUUUGGUUAUAGUAGGUCAUUUGUAACCCAUGCUGUGCAUGAUCAUCGGAUGACCCUCAAUGAGCAGGAGCAGAAGCUCCUUAGUAAUAAAUAUGUCUCUGCCAUCAUACAGGGCAUUGGUAAAGACAAAGAACCUCUUAUAAGCUUUUUGGAACCAAAAAAAAACAAUUCUGUGUUACCCCACUUUUCUACUGCAAACUUCAUGGGCCCUGAUCCAGGCAUUCACAGCCUGUGGAACACCUUUCACAUGGAAAAUGGUGAUUCCCUGCAGGCUGGUUUUGCCUUCCUGAAAGGAAGUGCCAGUUUGGCAUCUUCUGUAGACCAGUUGCCCAGGAGUGCCCAGAUGCCAAAGGCUGAAUUGAACCUUGGGGGCGUGGCCAUCUCGGCACUUAAGUCCCCCAUCAGCUCCACUUCUCUCCAGCACUCGUCGCCCGGUUCUGGGUGCAGGGAUCAUGAGAGCAACUGUGAACGGCAGAGGGACAUUAGCACUUUGCAUGCAAAUGGCGAGCUCCCCAUCAAAAGUGAGCCCAGAGAUGUAACUGAUGCUGAGGAGGAUGAAGACAUGUAUUCAAAUGAGCUUGAUGAUGAUGGUGUUGGCGAACUGGGGGAUAGUACCAAUAGCAAAGAUUUCCUUCUCUUAAACCAAAGCAUUUCUCCUUUAUCGUCCAGUGUGCUAAAAUUUACUGAAAGGAGUACUACUUCCUCUGUGACUGUUGCCAAUGACCUAGAGAAGACAAAGCAAGCUGAUGCCAUAUUGGACUACAGCAAUGACUCUACAAGUGGAGCCAGCAAAGAUGGCUGUGACUCCAAUGGCGGCAGAGAUGGCACACCGCCAUCUCUUCCUCUUGACCUAAUUCGGCGAGAUGAUGAGAGCCCAGGCCCACUGCACCAGCAUGCUGCCAUGCCCGGCACCCCUGGCACCCCUGGCCCAGGUGAGGGCUCUCCUGGAAGUGGGAUCGAAUGCCCCAAAUGCGACACUGUUUUAGGUUCCUCUCGUUCACUCGGUGGUCACAUGACCAUGAUGCACUCAAGGAACUCCUGCAAGACGCUGAAAUGCCCCAAAUGCAAUUGGCACUACAAGUACCAGCAGACCCUGGAUGCCCACAUGAAGGAGAAACACCCAGAGUCUGGAGGCUCUUGUGUUUAUUGUUGCACAGGUCAGCCUCACCCUCGACUAGCUCGGGGCGAGAGCUACACAUGCGGCUACAAACCUUUCCGCUGUGAGGUGUGCAACUACUCAACAACUACCAAAGGCAACCUUAGCAUACACAUGCAGUCAGACAAGCACCUCAACAAUGUGCAGACACUGCAGAAUGGAGGAACGGAAGCCAUCUAUAAUCACGCCGCUCCUGUCUCGAACGCCAGCCUGAGUGGAUGUGGCACGCCCUCGCCCUCGCCCUCCAAGCCAAAACAGAAGCCCACGUGGCGAUGCGAGGUCUGCGACUAUGAGACCAGCGUAGCACGCAACUUGCGCAUUCACAUGACGAGCGAGAAACACAUGCACAACAUGAUGCUUCUGCAGCAGAACAUGAAGCAGAUCCAGCACAACCUGCAUAUGGGUUUGGCGCCAGCCGAGGCAGAGCUCUACCAGUACUACCUGGCCCAGAACAUCGGCCUCACAGGGAUGAAACUGGAGAACCCAUCAGACCCACAGAUGAUGAUCAACCCAUUCCAGCUUGACCCUAGCACUGCCGCAGCUCUGGCUUCUGGUCACAUAAAUAAUGAGCUGCCUGCCGAGUUGCGUCUUGCGAGUGGUCAGCUAAUGGGUGAUGACCUGUCCGUCCUCUCUGCUGGGGAGCUGUCGCCUUGCAUCAAUGACCCGCUGCUGAAACUCUUCCAGUGUGCGGUGUGCAACAAAUUCAGCUCCGACAGCCUGGAGGCCCUGAGCGGGCACGUGGCGGGCGAGCGAUCGCUUCCGGAAGAGGAGUGGAGGGCUGUGAUGGGAGACGUCUACCAAUGCAAGCUGUGCAACUACAACACACAGCUCAAGGCCAAUUUCCAACUCCACUGCAAGACCGACAAGCACAUGCAGAAGUAUCAGCUGGUGGCCCACAUCAAGGAAGGUGGCAAAGCCAACCAGUGGCGUCUCAAGUGCAUUGCCAUCGGCAACCCUGUGCACCUGAAGUGCAAUGCCUGCGACUACUACAGCAACAGUGUGGAGAAGCUGAGAUCGCAUGCGACCAACCAGAGGCACGAAGCUGCUUUGAAAGUCUACAAGCACUUGCAAAAACAAGAGAGUGCGUGUAACUCAGAGUCCUGCUACUACUACUGUGCGUUGUGUGACUACUCCAGCCGAGCCAAGCUGAACUUACUGCAGCACCUCCGAUCAGUCAAGCACCAGCAGAGCGAAGGGCUCCGCAAGCUGCAGCUUCACCAGCAGGGCCUUCCUCCUGACGAAGACAACCUUGCCGAUAUUUUCUUCAUCAAGGACUGCCCUCCAAAUGAAUCUGAAGAACCAGGUGAAGAGAGCGAAGAAUCCCCACGAGCCUCCUCACUGGCCACGGCCGAGGACAAAGACUCAAGCAAGAGGGACGCCAUAGAGAGCAAGACGACAGAGAAGGACACCAGAAUUAAUACACUGGCUAAGGAAACCCUGGGGACUGCUACAGCAGGGAAGAGAUCACUUCAGCAGGAGAAAGAAAAUGACACUCCACCCAAGAGGCCUAAAUCUGCUGAAGAGAAGACACUGUCCAAUGAGCAGGUGCAGCAGUGCCCGUACUGUAACUACAGUAACAAGGAUGCAAACCGUUUACAGCUGCACAUUAUGUCUCAGCAUUCCAUGCAGCCUGUCAUCAGCUGCCCUCUGUGUCAGGAUGUCCUCAGCAACAAGAUUCAUUUGCAGCUGCAUCUCACUCACCUCCACAGUGUGGCUCCAGACUGUGUGGAGAAGUUGCUUAUGACAGUUGCAGGACCAGAUGUUGCAGUGCCCAAUAAUUCCUUGCUACCUGUAUCAUUACAAGACAAAGUCCCAUCUUUGAUGGAUUCUUCAGCUGUUAUCCCAGAUGGAUCUGGAAAACACAUGGGAAACAGCUUGAUGGAUUUGAAAAGCAGUACAGGCCAAGACAACAGUGAGGUUGAACUUACCAAUGAGGAACUCAAGCCACCAAAGGAGGCUGCUGAGGCACCUGAUUGGAAGAAAGCCAGUGGGCAAGACAGGAAGAGCCCAGACUCCCUGCAGGAGCAUAUUACCGAUCUGCAGAAGCACCAGCAGCUGUCAGUUUCUGUUCGUCAUGUCUACAAAUACCGCUGUAACCAUUGCAGCCUGGCUUUCAAGACAGUGCAGAAGCUUGAGAUGCAUUCCCAGUACCACGCCAUUCGUGCAGCCACUAUGUGCAGCCUGUGCCAGCGCAGCUUCAGGACAUUCCUUGCCCUUCGAAAGCAUCUGGAGACUGGUCACCCUGAGCUGAGUGAGGCUGAAGUGCAACAGCUCUGUGGGAACCUGCCUCUCAAUGGUGACAUUGCUGAGAAUGAGAUGAGGGCUCUGGAAGAGGCACAAGCUUUUGAGCAUGAACUAGACAAAGAUGAGGAGCUUUACCAAGAAGGGAAGGUCAGUCCCACUGGAAGUGACAGCAGCUCCUUGGUUGAUGACAUGGGCUCAGAGCCAAAGCGCACAUUGCCCUUUAGGAAAGGUCCAAAUUUCACCAUGGAAAAAUUUUUAGACCCUUCGCGUCCAUACAAAUGCACAGUCUGCAAGGAGUCCUUCACCCAAAAGAACAUUCUCCUUGUUCACUAUAAUUCUGUUUCGCAUUUGCAUAAGCUAAAGAAAGUUAUCCAAGAGGCCUCAAGUCCAGUUCCCCAGGAGACCAGCAGCAAUGUUGACAACAAACCAUUCAAAUGCAAUAUAUGUAACGUCGCUUAUAGCCAAAGCUCAACCCUGGAGAUUCACAUGAGGUCUGUACUUCAUCAGACAAAAGCCAGAACCACAAAAAUGGAGACUAGCACCAGUUCUGCAGGUGGUAGCAGUGGAAGUACUUCAGCCAAAAGCCCUGUUCUGGGAAACACAGAUUCUGCAAGCGCACCAGUAUCCUCUAACAAAGAAAGCACUGUAGAUGCCAAAGAGGUUACCAUGAAACAAACUACUGAUCACAUCUCUGUGCAGCCCACACUCCCACCUGCCCAGUCACCAGCACAGCUUCAGAUGCAGCUGCAACAUGAGCUCCAGCAGCAAGCUGCGUUCUUUCAGCCACAGUUUCUGAACCCAGCAUUUUUCCCCCACUUCUCAAUGACACCAGAAGCCCUGCUGCAGUUUCAGCAGCCCCAGUUCCUCUUCCCAUUCUACAUCCCUGAAUUUAACAUAAGCCCUGAGCUUGCACUGCAUUCAGCUGCAUUUGGCAUGCCUGGCAUGACAGGAUCAUUCCUUGAAGAUCUCAAGCAGCAGAUGCAGCAGCAACAUCAGCUGGGCCAACAACAACAGCUUCAGCUCUCUCAGCAGCAGGUCUCCCAGUCUCAGAUGCAGCAACAGCAGCAAAAGGUGCAGCUGCAGAGCCACAAGCUUAAAACUGAGUCUAACCACAAUGCUUUGUCUGAGAUUCAGAUGUCCAGAGAAGCUGAAGAGCACCUAGGGAAGCAGGAGAGCAAAGCAAAGCAGGAUAUAGCUAAUGAUACUGACAAUGCAAAAGAUACUAAAGAUUCCAGAAAGCCAAAAUUUUCAGAACCUUUCAUUCCUCCACCACGCAUCAUCUCAGGAGCUAGAGGUAAUGCUGCUAAAGUGCUACUAGAGAACUUUGGCUUUGAACUGGUCAUUCAGUACAAUGAGAAUAGACAGAAAAGCCAGAAAAAGAACAGGGAGGAAGAGUUGACUGACAAACUGGAGUGUGGGCUGUGUGGAAAGUUUUUCUCCAACAUGCUGAUUCUCAAAAGUCAUCAGGAACAUGUGCAUGGGCAGUUCUUUCCAUAUGUGGAACUAGAGAAGUUUGCACAGCAGUACAGAGAGGCAUACGACAAGUUGUACCCCAUAAACCCAGCAUCUCCAGAAACUCCACCUCCACCACCACCUCCUCCUCCCCCUCCUGCUCCAGUGACUGCUCUCCCUACCCCUACCUCUGUGGGGAAAUCGCAGACACCAUCUCCAGCACCUCUGCAGGCCCCUCAGCCACCACCACCUCCCCCUCCACCACCACCACCUCCACCACCCACAGCACCUCCUCAAGUGCAGCUCCCUGUUUCUCUCGACUUGCCAAUUUUCCCACCACUGAUGAUGCAAUCAGUGCAGCACCCUGGGCUACCCCCACAGCUUGCACUGCAGCUUCCAACAAUGGACUCUUUAUCUUCUGACCUCACACAGUUAUGUCAACAACAACUGGGACUGGAUCCAAACUUCCUGCGGCAGUCUCAGUUCAAGCGUCCUCGCACUAGAAUCACAGAUGAUCAACUAAAAAUCCUCCGUGCUCACUUUGACAUCAACAAUUCUCCCAACGAAGAGCAGAUUCAAGAAAUGGCAGACAAAUCUGGCCUUCCACAGAAAGUCAUAAAGCACUGGUUCCGCAAUACACUCUUCAAAGAGCGUCAAAGAAGCAAAGACUCCCCUUACAAUUUCAACAUUCCACCUUUGACCACACUGGAAGAUAUCAGACUUGAAUCCCAAAUGAACAUGCUGGAGUACUACAGAACUGAUGCUACAGCUAACAAACGGUCAUCGAGGACACGCUUCACAGACUAUCAACUACGAGUACUCCAAGACUUCUUUGAUACCAAUGCUUAUCCUAAAGAUGAUGAAAUCGAGCAGCUCUCCACUGUUCUCAACCUGCCAACACGAGUGAUUGUGGUGUGGUUCCAAAAUGCCCGUCAGAAGGCGCGAAAAAGUUAUGAGAACCAAGCAGAUAUGAAAGACAGUGAAAAGAAAGAACUGACAAAUGAACGAUACAUUAGGACCAGCAACAUGCAGUACCAAUGUAAGAAAUGCAGUGUAAUUUUCCCUCGAAUUUUUGAUCUCAUUACUCACCAAAAGAAGCAAUGCUACAAAGAUGAGGAUGAUGAAGGUGGAGAUGAAAUCCACUCUGAGGAUUUAGCAGAAAACAGUGAGCAGAGUUUAGGGAGGCCAGCAGAGACAGCAAAACACCCUCCUGUAACGGCAAGCAGCUCUGGCUCCAGCUCUCCCUUAAUGCCUUCCCCUCGACCUGAUGUAGGGAAAACCUCACCCAAUCCCGAACUCCUCCAUGAUAAACCCAAAUUGGGAGAAAUUGCCCCAUUGCAAACAGCUAAGUGCUUAACUGAUGUGAAAUCUUCCAACGCCUCAACCCCACAACCUCCCACACCAAAAGUAUCUCAAACACAAAUGUCAAGACCCCAUUCCCAGCCCCAGUCUACAGCUGUCCCUUCAACUCCUCUCUCUAUUGCAUUGUCUUCUCUUAACAAUAGCCUUCCACCGCAGAUGUUACAGUACCACUGUGAUCAGUGCAAAAUUGCUUUCCCAACAGUAGAGCUGUGGCAGGAGCACCAGCACAUGCAUUUUCUGGCUGCCCAAAACCAAUUUCUGCACUCACAGUUUUUAGAAAGGCCACUGGAUAUGCCCUAUAUGAUCUUUGACCCAAAUAACCCUCUUAUGACUGGUCAACUCCUGUCUGGAGCCCUGUCACAAAUGCCAACUCUAAGCAACCCUGGCCUUGCCUCUGCUGUUAGCUCUAACUCUAUGAAACGUAAAUUAGAUGAAAAAGAUGAUGGGUCUCAUGAAAAAGAUGGUCUUAACAGUGGUGAAGAUCAGCACAGAGAUAAACGUCUUAGGACUACUAUUACUCCAGAGCAACUUGAGGUCCUCUACGAUAAAUACUUACUUGAUUCAAACCCAACACGAAAAAUGUUAGAUCACAUUGCUCGUGAAGUUGGUCUGAAGAAAAGAGUUGUUCAAGUCUGGUUUCAGAACACCCGAGCCAGAGAGAGGAAAGGACAAUUUAGAGCAGUUGGGCCAUCCCAGACUCACAAAAAGUGCCCCUUCUGCAGGGCAUUGUUCAAGGCAAAGUCAGCUCUUGAUAGCCACAUUCGUUCAAGGCACUGGCAUGAGGCUAAACAGGCAGGCUUUAGUUUGCCCCCAAGUCCAAUGAUGCCUCAAGAUGAUGGAGGUCAAAGCCCUCAUAAGUACAAUUUCUCUGACUAUCUAAAUAUGCCCACAAAGACUGAGACAAAUGAAAGUGAGCCUCCAACAGCAUCCUCCACUCCAGUUAAACCUUUUGAGAUGCCACUUAAAAACUUAUUGAACUUAUCAUCCUUAAAAGCAGAAAACAGUGAUGAGUUUGAGGGGUUUAACAUGAGUUCCGUAGAGGCCUCUUUUGAUGCCAACAAAAUUGACUUUGAUGAGACCUCCUCAAUUAACACAGCUGUAAGUGACGCUACAACUGGAGAUGAGAUUAAUAAUGAGGUUGAGAAUCUCACAAUUAAUGGGAGUGAGAAAAUGGUUGAGAGCAAAAUGAACCAAGCACAAACUUCUGAGACAAAUGAGGAUAGAUUUCCUUUCAACAUGGUUAGCCCAGCGCUAAGUUUCUCUGGCAAAGAUAGUGAUUACUUCAAUUACAGAGAUGAUGAAUUAGAUGAUAAUGCAGACAGGAGCGAGACUUCGAGUUUGGCUGAUCCUAGUUCACCCAGUCCAUUUGGAGGUGCCAAUCCCUUCAAGUCAAAGGCUGGUGUAGAUAGAUAUGGCCAUAAGCGUUUUAGAACCCAAAUGAGCAACCUGCAGCUGAAAGUCCUCAAAGCUUGCUUCAGUGACUACCGCACACCUACUAUGCAAGAGUGUGAAAUGCUGGGCAAUGAAAUAGGACUCCCAAAACGUGUUGUGCAGGUUUGGUUCCAGAAUGCCCGUGCAAAAGAGAAGAAAUUUAAAAUAAACAUUGGAAAGCCAUUCAUGAUAAGCCAAGGUUCACCAGAUGGGCCAAGGCCUGAGUGUAUAUUAUGUGGAGUGAAGUAUACAGCCAGACUUUCAAUUCGUGAUCAUAUCUUCUCAAAGCAGCACAUUGCAAAAGUGCAGGAAACCCUGGGCAACCAGGUCGAUCGAGAAAAAGACUAUCUUGCACCUACCACUGUCCGCCAACUUAUGGCUCAACAAGAACUUGACCGUUUGAAGAAGGCAACCGAUGUACUCAACUUGCCAGCCCAGCAGCAACCUGCAGUGGAUAGUAAUGCACUUCAUGGCCUUAGCCUGCCAACUGCCUACCCAGGAAUAUCUGGUCUACCACCAGUGCUUCUUCCUGGUGUCAAUGGGCCAUCCUCCCUUCCAGGUUUCCCACCAAAUACACCUGCUUUAGCAUCUCCUGGUGCUGGCAUGCUUGGGUUCCCUACUCCAGCCACCCCUUCUCCUGCCAUGUCUCUCAGCAGUACCCCAACCAAGACUCUUCUUCAGACACCUCCUCCUCCUCCUCCACUCCCCACACUUCCUCUUCCUCUCACUCCUUUGGCAGCAAAUCAGACUGAGCAGCACAUAAAAGAAUCUGAGAAAGACAAGAAGUUAGAGAAGCCUAAGGUCAACAAAGAAGCCAACACUGCCCGCCCUGAGACCCCAAUUGUGAAAAAAAGGGAAAAGCCUUCGCCGCCACUCUCGAUGAUAGGAAAAUUGGGAAGUGAGGCUCCAAUGGACCCAGCACAACUGCAAGCACUUCAGAAUGCCAUCGCCGUUGACCCAGGCUCCUUCUUAGGGGGACAGUUCUUGCCUUAUUUCAUCCCUGGCUUUGCAUCUUGCUUCUCACCCCAACUUCCUGGUGGAGUGCAAGGGGGUUAUUUUCCUCCUCUCUGUGGAAUGGAGAACCUGUUCCCCUAUGGCCCUGCUAUGCCUCAGGCUAUCGCAGGGCUUUCUCCUACUGCCUUGCUGCAGCAGUACCAACAGUACCAGCAGUCCCUCCAGGAUUCCUUACAGAAACAGCAGCAGCAGAAAACGCCCCCUACGAAGUCACAGAGCGCACAGAGCAGCUCUCUCAAACCAAAAGAGGCUACCGAAACUAAGGAUGAUAAAGGCUCUUCAAUAGAAAGCACAAAUGAAGAACCCCCAACAAAUACCAAAAGUUCAGGCUUUCCAGAUGCGUUUAUCGUUCCGUCCAUCAAACAUGAAUUUAUAUGCAGAAAGUGCCAGAUGAUUUUCGCUGAUGAAGACUCAGCAGCUCGUCAUCAGAAGUCCUUCUGUUACUUUGGUCACCCUUUUAUCGAUCCGCAAGAGACAGUGCUUCGUAAGGCAGUAAGCAAGUAUAAUUGUGUAGCCUGCAAAGUGUCUGUCAGUGGGAACGAAGCACUUGGCCAACACCUUCAGUCGAGCUUGCACAAAGAGAAAACAAUCAAACAAGCAAUGAGAAAUGCCAAAGAGCAUGCUAGAUUAUUACCUCACUCAGUCUGCUCCCCUUGUCCUAACACCACAUCUACCUCGCAGUCUGCAGCUUCUUCUAAUAACACCUUGCCUCAUCUCUCUCACUUGUCCAUGAAGUCCUGGCCAAAUAUUAUUUUCCAGGCAUCAGCCAGGAAAGCUGCUUCCUACCCAUCUGCUUCUCCUCCUCUCCUUUCCUUGCCUUCAACGGUUACCUCAACUUCGUGCAGCACCUCAGGGGUUCAAACCUCACUACCCACCGAAAGUUGUUCAGACGAGUCUGACAGUGAGUUAAGCCAGAAACUGGAUGACUUAGAUAACACAUUGGAAGUCAAGGCUAAGGCAGCAUCCGGCAUAGAUGGCAAUUUCAGUAGUAUCAGAAUGGAUAUGUUCAGUGUGUAGAAGUGAAAAAUGGAUCCCUUGCUUAAAAUAAUAAAAAAAAGACUUUUAACCGCAGUUCCAAAGUUUCUCUAACCCAAAAAAUUACAGUACCAAAAGAUUGACUCAGGAUUGUUUUUCCCAUAUUGAUAUGCUGGCAAGAUAUUGAUUGAUUUUUGUUAUGGACAGAACUAUUGCAGAUGCUUGACUGAGCUUAUAUUGUAUACAAAAAACAUGGAAUAGGAAAACUUUCACAAGUUCUUUUGGAGCUUGAUUCAAGCCAAAAAUUCUCACGAUAGCAAAUUGCACCUCAGCUGGAUUGAUUUCCAAAUGCUAGCAUGUACUGUAUGGGAUAAUGAUCCAGAACUUUCAAAGAGAAUUUCUCUUAGUUUAGUUAGGUGUAAUUCAGUAGCUUUAAAUUCUCAGGUCAGAACAUAACAUUUCUCAUUUGUUGAAACAGCAAAGAAGCCUGCUUAUAAAUGGCUUUUACCAAAACAUGUCAAGCUUUAUUGGAGGCAUUUCCUUGAUGUGUGUAGUGUACCAAGAGACAAUAUAACUGUUACAGGACAACUCGCAUAUCCUUUUAGUUUGCCCUACAAAAAGAGUAUGGUAUUACCACUGAGGGAAUUUAGAAUGGUGAAGUAAUGUGUAUGCCCCUGUGUUUGCCAGUUUGUAUUUCCACAAGCUGAUAUUAUAUACAACACCCUUUUUUUCUUGUAGAAUAUACUAAUAAUCUGUGCCAACUCUUACCUUACCUUUCUUUUACCUCUCAUCACACCCUUUUCUGAAGAGGUAAUAAUUCUAGUUUUGAUAGUCUCUUGAAGAUUAUGUGAAUAGGACAUUUUUCAUUUGUGAAUUGCUAUACUGUUACGGUACUUGCUUGUGUCUGGACUAUAGUGCACUUAUUUUAUUUCUUUUUCUUUUUGUUUUUUUGUUAUUUGAGGUAGGCCAUGUCUUAAUUUAAUAGAUAACAGUUUCCAGUGUGUGUUUGUCUGUCUGUUUGUCUGUCUGUUUGUUUUAAAAUAUUAUUUGUGUCUAGUUGAGCAGCAGUUUAGUCCACAUUUGUUAGACGUUUGACACCUAACAAUCCAGUGACAUAUAACAAUUGGUGCAUCCAUGAAAGUAGUACUGUACACUUGAAACUGUAAAAGUGCAAGUUUGACAGAAUAUGGUAUGAACAUUUGCUUCAAUUAAACAAGAAAGCUGCUUAAAAAAAGGGGAGGGUGGGGGGUGGAUGUCAGAACAUUUGUUUUUAUAAAAAUGAAAAUAUUUUUUCCUGUACAUGUAGGACUGAACACAGUGUUACCACUAUACACUGCCAUAUAGUGGAUAGGCUGUUUCUUCCAUUCUACUCUGGGCACUUCUGUUAAUGUCAUGAAAAUAGACAAUUUUCCAUCAUAUUUAGUGAUACGUGGGUUACAAAGUAUUAUCACCUUUAAGCUGCUACUGUGUAAUGUUUUUGUCUUUGUUUUGUUUGAUUUUUUUUAUUUUAUUUUUUAUCGCUUGCCAUACAUUUUCAGCUUCCUGCUUGACAGAAUACUGAUUCAUGAAUCAUAUUGCUUUACUGUUUUGUUUUUUUUUUUUUUUUUUUUUUUGCUGUGUAACUUAAAGAAUGUGAACGCUGUCAAGGGUGUUGAAUUUUUACGAAUCACUUUCUGUUUUGAUACGGUUGGACAAUGUGAUUCAUUCCAAAGUAACAGAAGGCUUAAUGUAUGAAAGUAAAAGGCUUGUGAACAAAGAAAGCUAAGCUGUUGUACAUAUUCGUAGUUGGCUGUGCAUGGUACAAAUUUAUUAAUAUGAAGAAAUGCAAAAAUGUAUUGCUUUUGGUAUUCCUAUUCUGAGAUGAACAAGUAGCAUGUAAUGCAACUGUUUGACAGGUUAAAUCAAAUCAUGCUUAAAAAUUGUUUCAAACGAUGAAAUUAAGUAACAUUUCACUUUACUUUUAAUUGCUGUACAGGUGAUUUUCUUUUUUGUUAAAGGUAAAAUGUCACCGUUUUUAAUUCUCCUUUUUUUGUGGACUUUUUAAUGUUCUUAUUUGGAUUUUUAAUAUUUUAACGCUUAUUUUAAUCCUGAAGACACUUUUUGAUUGUGUUUCACAAGAGACAUCUUGGCCUCCUAAGGUACAAUCCUGCCUCUGUCCAAAACAUGAGCGACUGUCCUGAUUCCAAAGGCUUUUAGAACUUGGCUUUUGCCUUUCCCUGAAUGUGGAACAGCAUUUCAAGACUGAACUGUCAGCUAGCACCAUGCGCUAAGGUGUUAGCCUGGACCAGAAUGCUUCCCACACAAAGGACUGGUAAAGCAAAAAAAAAAAAAAAAAAAAAAAAAAAAAAAAAAGGAUGGUCCAAUAAUGUAAUUGUACAUAAAUGUUGCAACUGCACAGCAGCCAAAAAACCUUUCUACGGAUGGACAGUGUCAAGCAUGGGAGGACAACCUUCUAAAGGUUGAAAUUAGGAUUGUUCUUCUGGAUAUCAAAGGGAUGAUCAAGGCGUAAUCAUAUUCUACACAAUACGUACUUUCAACGCCUGGGUAACAUACUGUAGGAAAUGCACCCCAAGGUUUUAAUAAAAAAAAAGAUGCCCCUAUGGCUAAAACUUUAAAUAAACUAAACCAAAAAUGUUAUUGAUGUUUUAUAUAUAGAGAGUAGUCUCAUUAGUUUUUGUUACUGUAAUGUUUGAGGUUUCAGCUGUACCGUAUUACGGUAUUAACAUGGUUUUGAAACUUUUUUAUUUUGUCACAGACCUGUUGUCAUAGUUGAAAUGACGUUUAUUGUAGAUGGUAUUUGAACAACUUCUUCUGGAAAUAGUUCAUCAAGUAUGUUUGUUGCUUAUUGUUGUGAUACAUUAAAAACUGUAUCUGC